UGACUGAAGCUGCAGCAGAAACCAUGACCUCCACCCUGGUGUCCCGCUCCUCCUCACACUCCAUCCGCUCCUCCUCCGGAGGAUCCGGAGGCUCCAUGAUGGGCUUCGGUGGCGGCGGCUCCAGGAUCUCCUCCAUGACGGCCGGCAGCGUGUACGGUGGGGCCGGGGGCUCCGGGGUCCGCAUCUCCUCCUCCUCCAUGGGUGGAGGUUUCUCCUCCUCCAUGGGUGGAGGUUUCUCCUCCUCCAUGGGUGGAGGCUACUCCUCCCAGAUGAGCUUCGGAGGGUCCGGGAUGGACGACGGCCUGGUGGGGAACGAGAAGUUCACCAUGCAGAACCUGAACGACCGCCUGGCCWMCUACCUGGAGAAGGUCCRCAAGCUGGAGACGGCCAACGCCGAGCUGGAGCUGAAGAUCCGACAGUUUGUGGACAACAAGGUGGGCCCCUCCACCAGGGACUACAGCAGCUUCUUCAGCACCAUCAGUGAGAUCACAGAGAAGAUCCAGGAUGCCAUCAAGGUGAACGGAGCCGUCCACCUGAGYAUCGACAACGCUCGGCUGGCUGCUGACGACUUCAGGACCAAGUAUGAGAACGAGUUGGGGAUGCGUCAGUCGGUGGAGGCUGACAUCGCGGGGCUCAGGAGGGUUCUGGAUGAUCUGACUUUGGCCAAAUCGGACCUGGAGAUGCAGAUCGAAGGUCUGAGGGAGGAGCUUGUCUACCUGAAGAAGAACCACGAGGAGGAGCUGGUGGCCAUGCGCACUCAGAUGAGCGGUCAGGUGAACGUGGAGGUGGACGCUGCUCCGGCUCAGGACCUGAACAAGGUCAUGGAGGAGAUCAGAGAGCACUACGAAGGGGUCACCGCCAAGAACCGCAGAGACCUGGAGAACUGGUUCCAGACCAAGACAGAGACUCUGAACAAAGAGGUGGUGUCUCAGACGGAGACACUACAGACGUCCAAGACCGAAGUGACCGAAGUCAAACGGUCUCUGCAGUCCCUGGAGAUCGAGCUGCAGUCCAUGCUGGGGAUGAAAGCGUCUCUGGAGGCGACUCUGGCUGAGACUCAGAACAGAUACGCCAUGAAGCUGAACAGCUAUCAGAUGCAGGUUACGAGCCUGGAGGAGCAGCUGGUGCAGCUGAGGGCAGACAUGGAGCGGCAGGGRUGUGAUUACCAGACCCUGCUGGACCUAAAGACCCGGCUGGAGAUGGAGAUCGCAGAGUACCGGCGCCUGCUGGACGGAGAGGCCGCCAGCUCCUCGUCCUCCUCCACCACCACCACCAAGCGGGUGAUGACGGUGGUGCAGGAGGUGGUGGACGGGAAGGUGGUCUCCUCCUCGUCUUCCACAACCUCCUCGUCUGUGACCAAGUGAAGCAGCCAAUCAGCAGCUCCUCCUCGUUAACUCACCAUCAGAUGAUUGUGUUUGUCUUCACUUCAACGAGCCGAACUCAAAGGAGCAGAAACCUCAGAAUAAAGAAUAAAAAAACAGGAAAUAAAGGCAGGAAAUCAUCCAA